AUGGGUCCCUGUACGGCCUCCCAUUGCUGCUGUCUCCAUCGCCACACUCUGCCAUGUGCCACUUUCAGGUCUCCUCACACUCCUGCUGGUUUCCAUUUUGUCAUAGGUUGCUGUAUGGCCCCCCAUUGCUGCUGGCCUCACACCGCCACACUGUGGCUCCAAACACUGGUUUUGGCCCCGUGACUGGCCAAAUGAGUGAAUGUGUGCGGUGAUUCUAGGAUCGACGGCACUCAUCUGCAUGUCAUACUGACUGACAGUAUUAUUUCUCUUCCCAGCAGACUCCAAGGGCAUUUAAAUUAAAGGUACAGUGUUCUGCACUAAUAUUA